CCCUUCUUCUUUUCUAGGUUUUUGUCAGGGUUUUGCUCAUCUCUUACAAAAACUUGUUCCCUCAGUCUGCAGCUCUCUUCCUCCUCUUCAGGUGUCGUCUAUACGUAAACAAACACAGCCAUGGUAAAGAAGAGAAAGCAUAGUGAGACACAGGUCAUUGAACCUGCAAAGAAAGAUGAAAGUGAAACAGAGAGACCUAAAAGGACACUCUUGGGUUGGAAAGAUAAACCUGAAGAGAAAGAGACUGAAUCCCUACCUCCUCAUCAGGGUGGUUUUAGAAAUAAAGAGAAAGUCUUGGUUACUUGUUCGAGGCGUAUUAAUUACAGGUAUAGGCACUUGAUGUUGAAUCUGGUGUCACUUUUGCCACAUUGUAAGAAGGAUAGUAAGGUUGAGUCUACAAGUAGUAAAGGCGCAACAUUGAAUGAGCUUGUUGAGUUGAAGAAUUGUUCUUCUUCUUUGUUCUUUGAGUGCCGGAAACAUAAAGAUUUGUACCUGUGGAUGGUCAAGUGCCCCAGUGGUCCGUCUGUGAAAUUCUUAGUCAAUGCUGUGCACACAAUGGAAGAAUUGAAGCUUACAGGAAAUCAUCUGAAAGGGUCUCGACCUCUCUUGACUUUCUCAGCUAACUUUGAUAAAGAUGCUCACUGGAAACUCCUGAAGGAGAUGAUCAUUCAGAUAUUUGGAACCCCAAAGGAUCACAGGAAAUCUAAGCCUUUUUAUGACCAUGCCUUUGUUUUCUCUAUUGUUGAUGACCAUAUAUGGUUUCGGAAUUACCAGAUAUCUGUUCCUCAUAAUGAAACAGAUAAAAUGGCUCGAGGAGGCCUGGAUAAGAUGACCCUUGUUGAGGUUGGUCCAAGAUUUUGCCUGAACCCUAUCAAGAUUUUUGGUGGCAGCUUUGGAGGCCCAACAUUGUAUGAAAAUCCGUUUUUUAUAUCACCUAACCAGAUUCGAGCAUUGGAGAAAAAGCAGAAGGCUGGGAAGUUUGCCAAGAAGGUCAAGGCCAAGACGAGGAGGAAGAUGCACGAGCUAUCAAAUCCAUUGGAGCCUGAUGAAUUUGCAGACAUGUGGAAGGAAUGAUGCACUUCUCGUACCUACGCUGUUGAUGAUCUUAUAUCCCCUUGUAUUCUUCAAGAAAAAUUUCUCAUUUUGGUGCUUGGCAUAAUUUUUGUCCCCGCUCUGGAUCAGCUUAUGCAUUUUAACUAGGUUGGUAUUUAUGGCGGACCAUCUUUUCCCA